AUGCUGCAGUCGCUGGCGGGCAGCUCGUGCGUGCGGCUGGUGGAGAGGCACCGCUCCGCCUGGUACUUCGGCUUGCUAGUGCUGGGCUACCUGCUCUACCUGCUCUUCGGCGCCGUGGUCUUCUCGUCGGUGGAGCUGCCCUACGAAGACCUCCUGCGCCAGGAGCUGCGCAAACUGAAGCAGCGCUUCGUGGAGGAGCACCAGUGCCUCUCGGAGGAGCAGCUGGAGAGCUUCUUGGCGCGCGUCCUGCAGGCCAGCAACUACGGCGUCUCGGUGCUGAGCAACGCUUCGGGCAGCUGGAACUGGGACUUCACCUCGGCGCUUUUCUUCGCCAGCACCGUGCUCUCCACCACAGGUUAUGGUCACACUGUGCCUUUGUCAGAUGGAGGAAAAGCCUUUUGCAUCAUCUAUUCGGUUAUUGGGAUCCCCUUCACCCUGCUCUUCCUGACAGCCGUGGUCCAGCGCAUCAUUGUCUAUGUCACCAGGCGGCCUGUAUUAUAUUUCCACAUCCACUGGGGCUUUUCGAAGCAAAUUGUGGCCAUCAUCCACGCAGUGAUUUUGGGCUUUAUGACCGUCUCAUGCUUUUUCUUUAUCCCAGCAAUAAUAUUUUCUGUCCUGGAAGAUGAUUGGAACUUUCUGGAGUCUUUUUAUUUUUGCUUCAUUUCUCUCAGCACCAUCGGCCUUGGCGACUAUGUUCCAGGAGAAGGUUAUGACCAAAAAUUCAGAGAGCUGUAUAAAAUAGGAAUUACAUGUUACCUGUUGCUGGGCCUCAUUGCAAUGCUGGUUGUUCUAGAGACUUUCUGUGAGCUUCAUGAACUAAAAAAAUUUAGGAAAAUAUUCUACGUGAAGAGAAACAAGGAAGAAGACCAAGUGCACAUUACAGAACAUGACCAACUGUCCUUCUCUUCAAUUUCAGACCAGGCAGCAUCCAUGAAGGAUGACCAGAAAAUAGAUGAGCCUUUUGUGACUCCUCAAGCUACACUUAACUGUGAUGGCUUUAUAAACAAUUAACCAAGGGCUUCCAUUCCAGUAUCAACAACAGUGCACUUAACAUUCUUGCAGUUAGAACUAAUACUGUUAAUGUAAUUAUAGAAGCAGGAAUGCUGUGCUCUACUAUUCAUAUAUUCAUAAUGCUUUGGGAUCUUUUCCAAUUUAUGGGCCAAAAGGAGGUAUUUUUGUUGCUGGUUCUACAUAUUGGGAAUGCUUAGCGUGCAGUUGAGAACCUCAGGCUUUAUGAUGUAUACACAGUAUACAAGAUAAGACUAUCCUGUUCAGGCUUUCCCGCCCAAGAAUCAACAAAGUAAUUUCCUUUUUAACAAAGAUUAGUCUUUCGUAUGCCAAUUUCAUGCAUGGCAACAAAUCUUUGGAAAGCACUGAGUUAGUAAAUCUUCAUGCUUUCCCCAUAAGGAAAUAUGGUAGCCACAGCAGCACUUGGAAAAUAGGAAUAAUCUUCCAGAUGGCAGUCACUGAGCUAUGUGGCAGUGCAUUUAUCACUACAGAACCCAAAAGUGAGAACCAAGUUUAUUCAAUCUGUUAUGCACUCAGUCAUUCUAAAUUCUGAAAACAUUUAGGGUUUGUCUCAGUAUGAAUAAGGCAAACAAACAGCCAUUCUGAAAUAUCUCUCCCCGGUCUAAUGUACUACUCUGAUCUAUCACCUCUAUCCUGUGUACAGUCUGGAGAGGGAGUUUGGACAAAGAGGUUUUAUGUGUGGCAGAAAGUUGCUUAGAGUUUUACACUUGCUACACACUAAGCCUACAUCAAGUAAUUUUACUCCAAAAUAUAUUCUGCAUGUAGACUUUACUAAGCCUGAAUGUGAUCUCUGGGUGUUUUCCUUCUAGCCUUAAAUACCACAAAAGGAUGUUAUGCGACAGAUUUGAGAGGGUUGUAGGAACAGGGACCUGCGAACACCAGCAUACAGAACUGAAGGCAUAUUACAGUGGAAAGCCAUCUUCCUUAGCAUUUUCACUUCACGCUGGGCUCCAGUUUUAGUAGACUGCCUGUGAGUUUUCAAACUAUUCAUAGCCAAGCAGUUGUAGAGCUAUGAUCUUAUUUAUUCAGUGAAAUAAUAAUCAAGCUGAAUAUUGAAGUAAUGAAGAAAAGAGAAAAAUACUUGAAAGCUCUUAUCACCUAAAAGCACUGUACAUGAAUUUAAUGUUUAUUAAUAGAUUUUGUACCUUUACUAGGGAAGGACUUUCUUGAUAAAUCUGCUUCAAAAUCUAUGUGAAUUGAAAUUUAUUUUUAAGAAACCACAACUCAGAGAUGCUUCUUUAAUUUGAUUUGAAGCUUGGUGUAGUGCAUGCUCAUGAAAGCCGAUAUUUUUAUACCACUUAAUGUUUGUUUCGAUUGUAUAGUUCAACUUUUAUUUAUGUACAUAAAUAUAUUUAUAUAUUGUGCAUAUCAUGCAGAUUGUUAGAAAUGAAAUGUCAGAUUUGAAAUUUUAAAGGUUCUUUUCCUCAUAGAUUUUUUUUUAAUUAAGAAAAAAUCAUUCAAACUAUGGCACUGAAAAGAAUGACUUAAAUUCUGACCAAAUGAAUGUGGAAGGAUAAGUCAUUAUGCCUGCAAUGUUAACAUUCCUGUUUUGUUUUGUUUUCUUUUAAUAUGACAGCCUACUCAUAUUGAUGACAGUAUUUCCAAGUAGCUUGAAUGCUGCAGCAUCCUUCAUACUGUAUUGUACUAUAGACUUCAGAUUUUAUUGACAAUUGUUGCCUGGAAACAGGUGAAGCUGCAUAAUUGCACAAAGUUGUUUUGUUUUAUUUUUUUAAGUAAGAACAUAAUAAAGCUUAGUUAGAAUAAGGGUACUGUAAAAAAAACCUGUAGAGAUAAGGAAUUAUUAUUCUAACAAUUAGUAUUUCAGACUUUUAAAAUAA